AAAAUAUAAUAAUUAAUAUAGCGCACUCUUGUACAUUGCACAAAGCACAUAGUGACCUGAAGGCUGAAACCGGCUAAAGUGAAUCUGAAUACUUGGUAUACUAGUGCGUCAAAUACAGAUAUAGCACUUUAGUGAGUCAUAUUACCUUCGUUCGUUUUCGUCAAUUUAUUUUGAUUAACAAAACAUGGAUUUUAACGAUAAAGUUGUACUAAUUACUGGAGCCAGUUCAGGGAUAGGUGCUUCUAUUGCUAUUCAUCUAUCAAAAUUAUCCGCAAAGUUAGUGCUAGUUGGAAGAAAAGAGCCCAAUUUAAAAAAGAUUGCGCUAUACUGUGAAAAAGCAAAAGGAAUAAAACCACAUACUAUUAUAGCUGAUGUAUCAGAUGCAGGUGAUUUAGAAAGAAUCUUAAAUGAAACAAUUGAGGAAUUCGGCAAAUUAGAUGUCUUAGUGAACAAUGCGGGAGUUUUAGCCAUGGGAGGAAUUAAGAAAACAGACAUGGAAAGUUUUGACAGAGUUAUGUCUAUUAACACUCGUGCUGUGUUUCAGCUAACUAUGCUGGCUACACCGCAUUUAAUUGCAAGUAAAGGAUGCAUUAUUAACAUGUCUAGUAUUGUAAGUACCAGGCCGAAUACAAUGAUGCUUGCAUACAAUAUGUCUAAGGCAGCCAUAGAUCAAUUCACAAAAUGUGUUGCCUUAGAAUUAGCACCAGAUGGGGUAAGGGUUAACUCUGUCAACCCUGGCUUUGUUAAGACAAAUCUUAUAAAAGAUAGUGGUCUGACAGAAGAUCAAAUUGAUUUGGUUGUUAAGAAUAUGGCACAGAGUAACCCACUGAAAAAAAUAGUUGAGGCUAACGAAGUAGCAGCAUUAGUAGCAUUUCUUGCCAGCGAUCAAGCUAAGAGCAUCACAGGAUGUUGUUAUCCAAUAGAUAGUGGAAAACUUUUAGUGUAGAAAUAUUUAGACCACUUUAUAGUGACAAAUAUUAUGUAGUCACUUUAAUAGAUAUUAAUUAAUAAAUUAUUAUCUUUGUUGUAAAAUUCCUAUUAUAUUUUUGAAGGACAAGUUAAACCUACAAUACAUAUAGAUACCUUAAAUUAUUUUAUUUAAAUAUGUAAAAAAAUUAUACAUAUAAUUGUUGA